CGGCAAGGAGGAUGCCGCGAACAACUACGCCCGUGGUCAUUACACUGUGGGCAAGGAGAUGAUUGACCUGGUCUUGGACCGCAUCCGAAAACUGGCCGAUCAGUGCACCGGCAUGCAGGGUUUCAUUGUAUUCCACUCCUAUGGCGGCGGCAGUGGCUCUGGUUUCACCUCUCUCCUCAUGGAACGUCUCAGUGUGGACUACGGCAAGAAGUCAAAGUUCCAGUUCGCCAUCUUCCCGGCACCGCAGAUUUCCACCGCCAUUGUAGAACCCUACAACUCUGUCCUUUGCACGCACACCACCCUGGAACACGCAGACUGCUGCAGUAUUUUUGACAAUGAAGCCGUCUACGAUGUUUGCAGGCGUAAUCUGGACAUUGAAAGGCCCACGUAUACCAAUCUGAACCGCCUGGUAGCUCAAGUUGUCAGCUCAAUUACAGCCUCUUUGCGAUUUGACGGCUCACUGAAUGUCGACCUGAUUGAAUUCCAGACCAACCUGAUGGUCAAGUGCGACCCUCGCCAUGGCAAAUACAUGGCCUGCUGCAUGCUCUACCGAGGAGAUGUGGCUCCAAAGGACGUCAAUGCUUCCAUUGCCACCAUCAAGACCAAGAGGACUAUUCAGUUUGUGGACUGGUGCCCCACCGGCUUCAAGGUUGGCAUCAACUACCAGCCACCAACUGUUGUACCGGGUGGUGAUCUGGCCAAGGUUCAGCGCGCCCUCUGCAUGCUCAGCAACUCCACAGCUAUCGCCGAGGCAUGGGCUCGUCUGGAUCACAAAUUUGAUCUGAUGUACUCAAAGCGUUGCUUUGUGCACUGGUAUGUCGGUGAGGGCAUGGAAGAGGGUGAAUUGGCGGAGGCUCGUGAGGACUUGGCCGCACUGGAGAAGGACUACGAGGAGGUUGGUGCAGACAGUGUUGAAGGCGAAGGAGAAGGCGAGGAGGAGGAGUUCUAA